UUCCCGGCGGCCUGCCCCGCGCGUGCGCCCUGCGGUUCUGCGCUUGUCAUCAUGGCGACGCGGGGCCAUGUGCAGGACCCUAACGACAGGCGCCUCCGGCCCAUUUACGAUUAUCUUGAUAAUGGUAAUAACAAAAUGGCAAUUCAGCAAGCAGAUAAACUGUUGAAGAAGCAUAAAGAUCUUCAUUGCGCUAAGGUUUUAAAAGCAAUUGGUUUACAGAGAACUGGGAAGCAAGAGGAAGCCUUCACCUUGGCACAGGAGGUGGCAGCCCUUGAACCCACAGAUGACAACUCACUACAGGCACUGACUAUUCUUUACCGAGAGAUGCAUCGACCGGAGUUGGUUACAAAACUUUAUGAGGCAGCUGUGAAGAAAGUCCCCAACAGUGAGGAGUAUCACUCUCAUCUCUUCAUGGCUUAUGCCAGAGUGGGUGAAUACAAGAAAAUGCAACAGGCUGGCAUGGCUCUGUAUAAGAUUGUCCCCAAAAACCCUUACUACUUUUGGUCUGUGAUGAGCUUAAUUAUGCAAUCUAUAUCAGCACAGGAUGAAAACCUCUCAAAAACGAUGUUUCUGCCCCUUGCUGAGAGAAUGGUAGAAAAAAUGGUGAAAGAGGACAAGAUAGAAGCUGAGGCUGAAGUUGAACUUUAUUACAUGAUCCUGGAACGACUGGGAAAGUAUCAGGAAGCCUUGGAUGUCAUUAGAGGGAAAUUAGGAGAGAAGCUGACGAGUGAGAUUCAGAGUCGGGAAAAUAAAUGCAUGGCUAUGUAUAAGAAGCUCAGCAGGUGGCCAGAGUGUAAUGCCCUUUCCAGGCGCCUCUUACUAAAAAACUCAGAUGACUGGCAGUUCUAUCUGACUUAUUUCGAUUCUGUCUUUCGACUGAUUGAAGAGGCCUGGACUCCUCCUGCUGAAGGUGAACACUCUUUAGAAGGAGAAGUACAUUAUUCUGCAGAAGAGGCUGUGAAGUUUAUAGAAGAUCGGAUAACAGAAGAAUCUAAAAGUUCUCGCCAUCUCCGGGGACCACAUCUAGCUAAAUUGGAGCUGAUCAGGCGCUUACGAAGUCAAGGUUGUAAUGAUGAAUAUAAACUAGGUGAUCCAGAAGAAUUAAUGUUCCAGUAUUUUAAAAAGUUUGGGGAUAAACCGUGUUGUUUUACAGACCUGAAGGUGUUUGUUGACCUCUUGCCUGCUACACAGGGUACAAAAUUUAUUAAUCAGUUACUCGGAGUUGUUCCUUUGUCAACACCAACAGAGGAUAAGCUGGCACUGCCUUCUGACAUCCGAGCUUUGCAACAACAUUUGUGUGUGGUGCAGCUGACGAGGUUACUUGGCUUGUACCACACCAUGGAUAAAAAUCAGAAAUUGAGUGUGGUCAGGGAAUUGAUGCUAAGAUACCAACAUGGACUGGAAUUCGGGAAAUCCUGUUUGAAAACAGAAUUGCAGUUUUCAGACUAUUACUGUCUCCUUGCUGUUCAUGUGCUUAUUGAUAUAUGGAGAGAAACAGGUGAUGAGACUGCUGUGUGGCAGGCCCUGACUUUGCUGGAAGAAGGGUUAACCCAUAGCCCUUCCAAUGCUCAAUUCAAAUUGCUGCUUGUUCGAAUCUACUGUAUGCUGGGUGCAUUUGAACCGGUGGUGGAUCUUUACUCCAGUCUCGAUGCAAAGCAUAUCCAGCACGACACCAUUGGUUAUCUUUUGACUCGAUACGCCGAAUCUCUAGGUCAGUAUGCUGCUGCAUCCCAAUCCUGUAAUUUCGCACUCAGGUUUUUCCACUCCAACCAGAAAGAUACCUCAGAAUAUAUUAUUCAAGCUUACAAAUAUGGUGCAUUUGAGAAGAUCCCAGAGUUUAUCGCUUUUAGGAACAGGCUGAAUAAUUCUCUUCAUUUUGCACAAGUCCGUACUGAACGGAUGCUGUUGGACCUUCUACUUGAAGCAAAUAUAUCAACCAGCCUAGCAGAAAGUAUAAAGUCAAUGAAUCUUAGGCCAGAAGAAGAUGACAUUCCAUGGGAAGAUUUGCGAGAUAACAGAGAUUUAAAUGUUUUCUUCAGCUGGGAUCCAAAAGACAGGGAUGUUUCUGAAGAACAUAAGAAACUUUCCUUGGAGGAGGAGACCAUGUGGCUAAGAAUCCGUUCCUUAACAUUGAGGCUGAUCAGUGGCCUUCCGAGUCUUAACCACCCUGUGGAGCCAAAGAACUCUGAGAAGACUGCGGAGAAUGGUGUAUCCUCUCCCAUUGAUAUUCUUCGUUUGCUCCUUCAACAGCUAGAGGUGGCCGUGGAGACAGGAAAGCGAUUUAUUGAAAAGGAAAUUCAGUAUCCUUUCCUUGGUCCUGUACCUACCAGAAUGGGUGGAUUCUUUAACUCUGGCUGUUCUCAAUGCCAGAUAAGUUCUUUUUAUCUUGUUAAUGAUAUUUAUGAGCUGGAUACCAAUGGUUUAGAAGAUACAGUGGAGAUACAGGAGCGGAUAGAGAAUAGUCUUAAGUCUUUACUAGAACAGUUAAAGGAUGUCUUCAGUAGAUGUAAAGGUGACCUCUUAGAAGUUAAAAAUGGUAACUUGAAAACACAUCCUACCCGUUUAGAAAAUCUUGUCUUCUUUGUUGAGACUAUUUCUGUUAUCCUUUGGGUGUCCAGUUACUGCGAGAGUGUCUUGCGACCAUACAAAUUAAGUUUACAGAAAAAGAAAAAGAAGAAAAAAGAAACCAGUAUCAUCAUGCCACCUGUCUUCACCAGUUUCCAAGACUAUGUUUCUGGACUUCAGACUUUAAUUUCUAAUGCUGUGGAUCAUAUUAAGGGACUUGAAACACAUCUAAUUGCACUUAAGCUUGAAGAACUUAUUUUAGAGGACACUUCUUUCUCUCCGGAAGAAAGAAAAUUUUCAAAGACUGUGCAAGGGAAAGUGCAGAGCAGUUACCUACACUCACUUCUGGAAAUGGGGGAUCUGCUGAAAAAAAGACUUGAGACCACAAAGAAACUAAAAAUUUAAGGAAGUGUGGACCACAGGCACUGAUGACUCUACAACAGAAAAUGACGAUACUAUCUUCCCAGGCAAAAGCAACAUCUGGUUGAUCAUCAUUUUAAUCCAGAACUUCCUCAUAAAAUGCAUGAAGGACUUUGAUUGUGAAUUAAUUUUUUUAGGUAUUAAAUACAUACAGCUGACUAAAUUAUUGUAUAUAAAACAGAAGUAGGACCCUCAUCUGGGUUUGACCACUUUUUAUAAAUGUUCAUAUGCAUAUGGCAGCAACAAGAGAACCCCUUACUUUUUUCCCCUCCCAUCACCAGAAACAUCUGGGAGGGGAAAGGGUUUCUAUUCAAAAGCAGCAAUAGAAAUUAAACAUAAAGCAUUGACCUCAAAGCAGCUGGAUGGCCCUCCCAUUACAGCAGUGGGAGUUUAGUUUGUUCUUGAGCCAUAGGAAGCAGAAAAGAGAAGUUGAGGGGGAUAUGACCAGGAGCAGGCCCUUUUCCACUGCAGCAGGUGCAUUUUGAGGCUUCCUCAAACCCAAGGCAGGUCCACAGCAGACCUCAGGCGAGAUUUAGCAUAAUCACUUGCCCUGAAGGGCACUACUCAGAUGACCACAGGUGCUGAUUUUUUUUUUUUUGGCCUAAUAAUUCUGAUAGCCAAGAUAGCCCCAUCCACGUUCCUGUGAAAGUUAAAUCUCAGAUAGAGAGACAAGGAAGACCUUAUUAAUUUGUAGGUGUUUAGAGAGGAAAGUAGUACAGACCAUUUAACAAGCCUGUUAAGGGCUAGCUUGCUGUCUUUCAUCCAUUUGGGAAGUUUGGGAAUCACUGUUUUCAAGAGAGGUGUACAUAAUUUAUGCAGGCAAUACUGAUACUUAUUUCAUCAGUUUUGUGAGUUAUAUACUGCAGUCGAUUCAUGAAUCAUAUGUGUAUAUAUAUGCUUGAAAAUUAAUUACUAUUUUAGUGUUUUCAAGUGGGGGGGUUGGUGAAGAAGGAAUAUAUAUUAUGGAUUUAAACUAGGUUUUAAGUUUUAGGCUGGCAAAAGAAAUGUUACCCAGUGGGUUUAAUGUUCAGUCUACUUUCUUGAAACUUAAGAAUUGUACCAGGAUUGUAUUUACCUUGUUCACCUGGAGGUCUUGUCCCCAAGACUGUAGCUUCAGAGGUUGGUCUUGAAGAAAAGAUAAAAAUUGCUCUUGAAAAUGUUAUAUAAUUUUUACACUUUCUUUGAUUUUUUUUCUUUUCUUUUUUUUUUUUUUUUUUGGUGUUUGAAUUCCUGCUUCUGUUUUUCUGUUUUAAAGUUAGUAAUUUUGUAAGGGCAAAGAAAUGAAUUUGAUGAGGAAAUUCCAACAUCUGAUGGAGGAUUGGUCUUAAAGACCUUUUCAAGGUCCUUUCCUAUGCACUGCUCCAGUGAAAUGUGAUACUUUUUUAAAAGCAACCAAGAGCGCUGGGAAAAUCUAUGUAUGCAAAGUUUGCAUUUUGUCCCUCCUUGACUUUCUUAUUGACAAUUUGAUAUGGUAAUUAAUAACUGUUUAAAAAUUUUAUUACCUGUUCAAAAUAAGACUUGUUGGAAAACCUAGUCCACAAAGUAAUUUCAAAACAUCAUAUUUUAUAUAAAUUUAGUAGCCACAACUGUCACAUACCCCAUCCUAAAGGGAAUAACUGUCCUCCUGAACAAGAUGAACUGAACAACCCCGAUUGAUUCUGAAUAUCCUUUAAUGAUAACGUGUCAUUAGUUCAUAUAACUAUGGCCUAUUUUAGAUGGAACUGUGUGUAUUUGGGAGGGUGUGAGUAUGGCUAUGUUCUUGGAAUGAUGUUUCUUUGCAUAUCCAAAAAAGUACUGUACAAAGAAAUAGAAAUGCUCUUUGAUACAAGUCUAUUGAUCAGUCUAUUAUAUGUAUGCUUAAUGGGCUGGCCUUAGUCAAGGACUGCAAUGACUCUAAUGGUCUGCCUAACUGGUCUCCUGCCUUGGAGUAUCUGGGACCUCUACUGGUUUUACUGACAAAUAAUGUUACCUUGAAGUUAUGCUUCCUUUGUUACUUGCUGAUUUUCCUAUACUAAAUGUAGCAUUUCAAUUAGAUUCAACUCUAACAUUUUGAGAUUAGUGUAAAAAGAAUGAAAUUAUGCAGAAAUGGCCAAUAUCUUUUAUCAAUCUGUUCCUUUGGAAACUGUCGUGCACUAUAAAUUGUGUACAGUUUAAUAUAUAUAUAAAAUACACACAUACGUAUAUAUGUGUGUCACAUAUAUAUAUAUAUAUUUACAUGAGUAAAAAGCACCCUCUCCCAGCAAUUGUAUGUCAUUGAUAUUUGAAGAGAUUUCCCAAAUAACCCGCUGCUGCUGCUGUUUUGGUUUAUAUGGUUUUUUUGUUUAGUUUUUCUGUGGUAAAUUGAUAUUAAAAAAAAGGAAAGGAGGAAAAAAAAACGACUACUGUUUACAGACUAAAAAAUUAUUGCCUUUUAUACUACUGAGAUCCUGAGUUAAAGACUCUGCAAAGUAAACAUUUGGUUUAAGUCAUUUACUUGAUGGAUAAAAGGUAGAGAAAUUUUUAGUGUUCUCUACAUAAUAGAAAACAAAUGCCUAGUUGUGUUGCCCAUCAAUUUUGUAUAUUUUCAUAAUUUUAAUUGUUCAAAAUUGCAUUAUAUUUUGCAAUCACUAUGUUCAAUCUGGAUUUGUCUUUCAUUUUAACUUUUAAUAUAAAGGGGGGUUUCAGUGUAUCUAUAGGCUUGUUAUUGAAACUCUUCCUGCUUAUUUGAUGUGAUUUAUUAAUAUGGGAAGUCCAUAUUCUUCCUUAUUGAGAAUUAAGUGAAACAUAGCAAAUCUAAACUCGAUGGGUUAAUUUAUAUAAAAUUUUAAGUUGGCAUUUCUGCCUGGUUCAUUUUUGUUCAGGUUCUUAGAAGCUACCAUCUUCUAAAUGGUAUAACUCAUCUCAAUUUUGUAUUAAAGAGCUAUAUACCCAGCAAAAUUUUAUUAUUUGAAAAUUAUUUUUUUUUCCUAAGGCCACCAUUUCUUUUGGCUUAAAAGCAGUACCUUCCAUACUUGAUUACUGAAUACUUACAAUGCAUCAAGAUUCAUAACUUUCAGGCUCUGCUUAUUUAAGGGAAAAUGAAACUCUCUAUCCUACUUAUUAGUUGUUGGUGUGGGGAAAGGCCAUAAGUAGUUGUGUAGCAAAGUCCUGUUUAAUAUAAAUCAGGGUAUGUGAUAGUGUUGAGUCACUUCGGAUUGAGUCAUGAGAGGAUCUCUGUAACACUGGUCGUGAAUGGUGAAUGUUUGUCAGUCAGAAAAAGGAACACAGUUGGAAAGGCCCCAAGGAAGGGAACUGCUUAGCAUGUUCCAGCAACUUAGUGAAAGGAGUGGAAAGGGGUCAGCAUUUGGAUAGAGUGCUAGACCAGAUCAGUCAGGACCUAAAGCCAGGGGAAGGACUUAAACUUAGAAUAAAUGUAAUGGAAGGUUACUGGAGAAUUUCAGGCAGGUUGAUGACCCAAGGGUACUUGAAUCCAGACACUGAAAUUCAAAUUUUAUUUGGGCAGAUUGACUAGCUAUUUUUCCUGAGUUUUCUUUCUGUUCUGUGACAGAAAAAUCAUUUUAUGUAUCUCUGAAGGAUCAGUUUGGGCCUGUUUUUUGUUAUAACUUAACUCCCUACCAGUGUUCUCUUUUCCUUUAACUAAAAGCAGGUAUGUGCCUGUACCUAACUGCCAUCCUUUGCUUUUCCUAAAAGUUUGGCUUGGAUUUAUAUUUUUUUAUUAUUCCCCUUGUUUUUGGAUGCUAUAGCCUUAAUGCAGGUACAAAUUUCAGUUAAGAUUGCAGGGUUAAGAUUAAGCUACUAUGAGUCGAAAGUUCAUACAGAUUGUGGAGUUCCUACUGCAGUUUGCUUGAGGGACAGAGCUUUUCUGCAACCUACAGUGUCCACAUUAUAGCCCAGGAAACAUGGGUCCCCAAUAAAUAAGCUAAAAGCUAUUCUCCACACCAUCUCAUUCUUAUUCUUUUUUUGAGAGAGAGAGGAGAGAGAAUUGUUAAUAUUAAUUUUUUAGUUCUCGGCAGACACGACAUCUUUGUUGGUAUGUGGUGCUGAGGAUCGAACCCGGGCCGCACGCAUGCCAGGCGAGCGCGCUACCGCUUGAGCCACAAUCCCAGCCCUCAUUCUUAUUCUUGAUGGCCACAAAUUCCCAGUUUCUUAGUUCUGUAUGAAUAAUCUCUCCUAAUGUGAUCACACCAGUACUUUUUGUGGCAUCAAUUACCAAGAACUAUUUUAAAAUUAAAAUCAUUUUGGCACCAUUUAGGAAAUUUACAAGUUUCUUAAAACAAAAUUCUUCAAGUUGGAUAUAGUGUCUGCUUCAGAUUAUCAAGAAAUUCCCUUAAAAUUGCACACAGUUUGAUUCUAGGAAGCCACUUUGUGUAGCCUUCAGUCAUAAUAUUAAUUUAUUAGAUGCUAAGUACAAAAGCCCUCUGAUAUAUGGUUAUCUAGUUCACUCUGGCUUUAUAAAUAGCUAGCCUGAACCCACCCAGUGGCAUACUAACAAUCAAGAUUAGGCCACAUUUGGGGAUGCUUUUGGGUUUUAUAGUCUUCAUUGUCAUUUGUGUACUUACUCUAAAAGUUGGUAUUUACUGAGUAACUGACAAAGUGACUGAGCAUGAAAACAAUUUUUAAAACUUUCAAACAGGACUAAAUUCUAUCAUUUUGUUUUCUAAACUAAAAACACUGUCAAUAAAAUUAAGAAUUUGCUAUACA